AUGUCUCACGUUGACAAGAAACAAAAGAAGUCCAACUCUCUAGAGCAAUUGAAGGCCAGUGGUACCGUGGUGGUGUCAGAUACUGGUGACUUUGAGUCCAUUGCCAAGUACACUCCACAAGAUGCUACUACCAACCCUUCUUUGAUCUUGGCCGCUGCUCAAAAGAAGGCUUACGCUAAGUUGAUCGACUCUGCUGUUGCAUAUGGUAAGAAGCACGGUAAAACUGUAGAAGAGAAGACCGAACAAGCUGUUGACAUGCUUUUGGUUGAAUUCGGUAAGGCCAUUCUAGAAAUUGUCCCAGGUAGAGUUUCUACCGAAGUCGACGCCAGAUUGUCCUUCGACAAGGAUGCUACUGUCGCUAAGGCUUUGCACAUCAUCAAGCUUUACGAGGAUGCUGGUAUUUCCAAGGAGAGAAUCUUGAUUAAGAUUGCCUCCACGUGGGAAGGUAUCCAAGCCGCUAAGGAAUUGGAAGAGAAGCACGGCAUUCACGUGAACUUGACCCUAUUGUUCUCUUUCUGCCAAGCUGUUGCUGCUGCCGAAUCCAAGGUCACCCUAAUUUCCCCAUUCGUUGGUAGAAUCCUUGACUGGUACAAGGCCAGCACUGGCGAGACCUACUCUGCCGAAACCGACCCAGGUGUGCAAUCCGUCAAGAAGAUCUUCAACUACUACAAGAAGUACGGUUACAACACCAUUGUCAUGGGUGCCUCUUUCAGAAACGUUGGUGAAAUCAAGGCCUUGGCUGGUGUUGACUUCCUAACCAUUUCUCCUGGUUUGUUGGAUCAACUAAUGAACUCUCAAGACAGUGUCCCACAAGUGUUGGACGCCUCUGCUGCCAAGGACGAAGACAUCGAAAAGGUUACCUUCAUCAACGACGAGCCAGCUUUCAGAUUCGAAUUGAACGAGGACGCUAUGGCCACCGAAAAGCUUUCCGAAGGUAUCAGAAAGUUCUCUGCCGAUAUCGUUACUUUGUUCGACUUGAUUGAAGAGAAGGUGAAGGCUUGA